AUGGCGUCCGCGGCACGUGACGUCGCGCUCGCCGCGUCGCCCGCCGCGGCCUUUGUGCUGCUCGAAGAGCGCGACCCCAAAGCCUCGCGCCGCAGCGCAGAGCUCGUGCUCCAGCCGCCGCCCGCAAGCGACCGGAGCACCGCCCGCUGUCCGCGUCCGGCCCAAUCGUCGCCGUCGCUCCGGCGGCUGUACCACGUCCGAACGCCGUCGGGCCACAGCGAAGACGACGACGCGCGCGCGGACAGCGACGCGCUGGACGCUGUCGCCCGCCCGCGCGACCGCAUCGACUCGAUCAGUGACCUCUUUCCCGUGACAGGCGCGCGCGUGUUUACGAAUCCCGCGAACAUUGUGCCCACGCGCGAGGCGUCGAUCCUCAUUGACACGGACGUGCAGCAGCACAUGGCGGCGGCGGCGGCGCGGGACGCGGCACGGCGGCUGUGUCUGCCGAACGCGCCGAUGCAGUCACUGCCGCAGCAGACGGCGACGACGGUACUGGGGGCAGCGCCGACGACCAGUGCGUCGUCCAUGUACAAUGGAUCGCUGGAUGCAGACGGUGGCGGCUGUCCUGGGCAGACGCCGAGAGAGCGGCGCGGGGGCGGCGACGCGCUGCAUGGAACCGAGCGGAGCCUCCCUGCGAUGGAGCCAGCGGCCCGUCGCGCGCGGUGCAUGUGGCGCCUGAAGACGUGCGUCACGUGUCAGUGUCGACAGCUGCCGCGCUGGCACCCGCAGCAGACGCUGGUGCUGCUCUGGAAACGCAUGGUCUCGAAUUGGGACUCGCUCGUGCUGAAGCUCGUCUUGUUGCUGGCGGUGCUCAGUGUUUUGGUCGCCGUGGGCGCUGCCGAGUUGUUGUCACGCGCGGCGCCGGAGAAGGUUCACAUGGUCACGCGGUGUACAGUUCCAGGAAGCAUGCACAGCUACUCGGCCUCGACGGCGUAUGUGGCUGGCGUGCUGAUCCCAGCGAUGAACAACAUUGUGUUUUUCGUCGUGUCCCUGUGGCUCGGUGUGCUCUGCAGUCGCAGUCGCAAACGUGUCCUACGCAGUGCACCGUGCAGCAUCAGCUCCAACUUGAAGUCGGCGUUCAUGCUGCCGUGCUACGAAGCGAUUUGGUACACUAUUGCUGUGCUGUCAGCGAUCGGCUUGAUACUGUAUACCAGUAGCUUCCAGGCUUACCACAGUGAAAGUGGCAAGACGUACAGUGCAUUGGCGCUAGAAGAGGAUCCGAAGUACCCGUGUAAUAUCGUUACCAUGCCGACUGUCUGGGUGCUGCAGUUGCUGCCGAUGCUCAUGAUCCAGCGCAGCGUUUCGCAAGAAGCAGUGCUACGCGCGAUUGCGUACUCUGGAGCAGUGGUGGUCGUCCUUACCGUGUGCAGCAUGACACUGUAUAAGGUCGGCGACGACAUCGUGGACGCGACCGAGAUGACCAUCUAUAUUCUGCUGCUCUUGUUUUACUUCUGGGCCAAGUUUGUAUUCCACGCCCGGGCCAGUUUCGACUUCUUUUUCGUUGCUGCCGUGGUGACAUCGCUGGCCAACAUCACUUGUUCGAUGAUGGGGCUCGCUCAUGUGGAUGAAGCGUUGAUAUUGCCGAUCGCUCACUGCAUUGUUACUGGAAUGGACGCUCUGAUUGUCGUCGCUGUCUUGCUAUCUCUGCGAGCCGAUACUCGCUACUGGUUGGCCAUCGACGACAAUGGAUCGGGCAAGACCGGGUCAAAGAGUGCAAUACGUCGCUACGUGAAUCUGCUAUCAGAGCGCGGUAUGAUCACCAACUUUUCCACUCGUACGUCAGUGUACGAUGUUCAUCACAUGAUUGAGGAGCACCGGCACAACGUCGUGGACUUCUCAGCUUUAGCACUGGACUGUAUUAUCGCGCAGGGUGCUACUUCUGUAGUGAUGCGCGGGACACUGCGGAGAAGUACUCCCGUACCUAUUGCACUGAAGAUUUACACUGACGUGCAAGUGACGAACGAAGAAGUACAGCGAUUUUCGCGAGAAACGGCAUUGAACGUACAGCUGUCCCACCCGAACGUCGUUCGCUUUUACGGUUUGUGUGUGGUGCCGCCGUCGAUCUCCCUUAUCUUCGAGUUUUGCGAGUACGGUGCAUUGGACGCCAUCUUGCGGGAACAGCCCAAGAUCUGGACACUUGCUGCCAAGCUUAAAGCAUGGCUAGACGCAUGUCGUGCGGUCGCUUACUUGCACAGUUUCUCGCCUCCGCUCCUUCACCGAGACAUCAAAACGGACAACUUCCUCGUGGGUCAGGAUUUCAUCAUCAAGCUCGCGGAUUUUGGCGAAGCCAAUUUGCUGCGGCCCCGGUCUGAUGGAACGAUGACGAUUGCUGGCACGGUCGACUACAUGGCUCCGGAGAUGAUCAAAGGUGGCAAGACAGCGCGUUACGGCACGGCGGUGGACGUAUACAGCCUGAUGAUCACGCUUUGGCAGAUUAUGGUGCCUGAACGAAGUCCGUGGGAAGCCAAAUCUCACCUUGAAGUGUACCGCCUUGUGGCUUGUGGGGACAGGCCAGCACUGUUUCCAACCAUACCGAAAGCCUGCGCUGAAAUCCUCGAAGCUGGCUGGGCAGCCAAUCCGAAUGAUCGCGUUGCUGUGGAGGACAUCAUACCCUCGGUCCACCGUCUUUGGCUGCUCGCACUGCACCAAAAGCCAUUGAAACGCACAAAGCAUUGA